CAAGGAGACCGGGCAGGUGCAGCUGCGCAAUGGAGUUCACAAUCAUAAUCGUGGGCAGAAAAUGGCCGCGCACAAAGCUACAAAUUGAGCAACUAAUGUGGCGCAAUAUGUGCGCUCCAAUCGCGGCACGGACCUGGUCUACUACGAGGGCAACACCUACACGCCCAACGAGAAGCUGCGCGCGGGCCAAAAGUCGCGCGACUGGAAGUGCUCCAUGUACCACAAGGCCAAGUGCCGGGCCCGCCUGGUGACGCGCAUCACCAGCCAGGGGGAUCUGAUCCAUGUGACCAGCUACAGGCACACGCAUCCGGUCAUGUUUAUGCUGCAACAGCAGCAGGAGAGCCUGGACGUGGAUAAGCUCUGUCUGGCGCGCAAUCCGCUGUGCAUUGGCAUACGCCCGGCUAAACAGGAGCCGGUCAAACUAAGCUAAGGCUCUUGAGUGCAAAUAAAACCUAAUUUGUGUGCAUCGUUAA